AUGGUAUAUAACCAGAUACAGCAGGGCCCAUCCUCAGCUCUACUCGCUGCAGUAAGCGCUAUAGCUACACAUUAUGUGGAAGAAAAGCCCGGACUACGACUCUCUCUCAACUCGCGAUAUCCAGACAUCUCACACGCGCCAAAUCAUUUCUACAAGCUGGCUUGCACAAUAACCAAGGAGCAGCUGGAUCAAUGUGGUGACGGCAAGCCUCCCCUCGCACUUCUUCAAGCGCUCAUUCUUAUCACGUUUUAUGAGAUGAUCGUUAGUGCGCGAGGAAGAGCAUGGAGAUCCCUCGGUACCUGCGUCCGCGUUGCACACGAGCUGAAUCUGCAUUUGACAGAUUCACUGCUUCAAGGAAAAUCAAAACUGGAGGAGAACACCUGGACCGAGUCGUGGUCGCGCAAGGAGGAACAACGAAGAGCCUGGUGGCUUCUUUGGGAACUGGACGUCUUUGCUUCGACUGUUCGUAGACGCCCAGCGUCCAUACACGAUGGAGAAUAUGCUGUACUCCUCCCAGUGAAUGAAAAGUCGUGGUAUGAAGGACACUACCAGUCAAGCUGUUUCUUGGACCCUGAUCCUCUUCAUCGAACUCGGAAGUUACUCGAAAGUGGAAACACUAAUGGGAAGGCUUGGUAUAUUGUGAUCAACUCGCUGCUUCGCGAUGCGCAUACAACUGCCAAUCCAACCUCCCACUGCGACCGCGAACGACCCAGGCUGGAUGACUCACCUUUGCUGGAUUCGGGCCGUGGCAACCCCGUGGACGAACGGAAACUCGCGGUUCUAGACGAUUUUAUUUUGUACUUCAAAACCACGCUGCCGACGGAGCUCUCAUAUCAGGGCAAGUACUUGUCAUUUUGCCUCUCUGGCGAUUCAUACGGCGAACCGACGGCGAUUGAAGACUGCGACAAGCAACUUAUUCACGCCAUGAUUCAUCUGGGUAGACUCAUGAUUUUACAUCACUACUGCAUCCGAAACACUGGUUCUUCGGUCCUCAAAGGCAAGAAACUGUCGGCGUAUCUGUCGCUCAGUGGUCCUUCGGUGACGCAGAAACUUCGAGCGAUACUGGGCUUCACGGAAGAUCAAACAGCCUGGGGAAAAUAUCUCGAGGCUGCUGAGGAGAUCAUACGCGUCGUCCGAAAAGCUUCACCCAACCACAUCGGAUACGGCCAUCCACUCCUUGCAUCUACGUUCUGGAUCGCAGCAGCCACCCAGUUAUUUAAGAAGGCGUUCGCGCAAGAUGAAGCGGAACGAGAUCUAGCUCAGUCCAACUUCGACCUCCUGAGGCUCACUCUGGACCAUAGCCACAAGUUCUGGACGACGUCCGAGUUGAUGGUGAAAAACAUAGACACCCUGGCUUCGCGGCUUGGUGAGCUUCGAGCGAGAUUGGUUGAAUCUCAAGGCGAUGGAGCAGACGUUCUUGGCUGUCUUGACGGGGCUGAUCUUUGCAGCCUUGACGCGAGUCCGUUCGAUGAUCCGAAUGGUGUUGAGCAGGAGAGGGCUAUCCGACGUGAUGGCGCUUCCGUCACCACCACGACUGGUCUUGGGAACUUGUCAAUGCCAAAUAACAUUGACUACACCCAAACAUGCACAAACCAAAUACCUACCACAACCACAGUUUCGGACGACAAGCCCAGCGAGCUUGAACUACAGGCUUUCAUGCAUGAUUUCUGCGGCGACAACUGGGACUUUUGGGGUCAAGAUCUAGCCGACUUGUUUCCUGAUUGCUCUCAGACAUGA